CACAGUUUUGAGGGAGUGAAUUGAAAAAUUCAUGCUCAUAAUAAUACUCAGUUGAACGGAAAGGGUGGCUUGAGGAGCUCAAACUUCGUUCAACACUUGGGGACGGCGAUUAAGCGACGGCGGAAUAACUGUAGCGGUUUCUUGACUGAAUGAAAAUCCCAGAGAGCAUAAAGCUCAGUUCUCUAGUUCAAAAACCCCGACAUAGGUCUAAAAUAAACUGGGUUUUUAGUUCUGGCCUGAAAUUCUCAGUCUCUGCCGGCGUAUUGGGCGCUGUUGGUGUAAUUUUGGUUAUAAAAGCUAAAAGAUUUAUCAACUUCACUCCUUCAGAUCAAGACGGAGUUUCCUCCAGGUUUUGGGCUGUCCCGGGAUUGGAAAAUCUUGGAAACAAUUGUUUCUUGAAUGUUGUUUUGCAGGCUUUGGCAAGCUGUUCAAGCUUUCGGAAAUAUCUUGGGGAAAUGUUGGAGGAGUAUGGGUCAUCAUCAGUUGAAGGAGAUGAACUUAUACCACUUGUUAAUGCAUUGACUUCACUGGUUGAAGAAUUAUGCACCGUUCGGCAUAAAAGAACCGUGCUGAGUCCUAGGAAGUUGAUGCUUGUGAUGGACCAUUAUAUUCCAAAUUUCAAUCUAACCAGGCAGCAGGACGCUGAGGAAGCAUUUUCUCAUCUUCUGUCUUCAUUGAGAGAUGAAAUAUCAGAAUAUUGUGUACCCGUGAAAAGCUAUUUAGCGGAUUUGCCUGCAUUGCCCAACGGGAGGAUUCUCAUCACAGGGAGCAAUGAAGAGGAAAACGAAUGGCAAAGAUGGAGUCGCAGUUUUCUUAAGCCUUUUGAUGGGGUUCUUGGCAGCAUCUUAAUUUGCCGAAGCUGUUCGUUUCAGAUCUCUCUCGAUUUUCAACUGUUCCACAGUUUACACCUUUCACCUCCACUCAGCAGUGAUGGUACAAUUAGGGCUGGAUGUACCCUGGAGGAUUGCCUUAAGAAAUUUUUUGUAGCAGAACUUGUUGAGAAUUAUUGCUGUAGCAACUGUUGGCAUACUGCUGCAAUCGACUAUCUGUCUGGAUUAGCUGAAGAUAAGACAGACAUUGAAAAACUCCGACAGUGUAAUAAGAAUGAUUCUUGUGAGUGCAAAACUCUCUCUUCCCUUGAAGCAUUUCCGUGGUCAAAUCGUUUUUGUCAUACUUUCAAGCAGCUGAGUAUUGCGCGGAGUCCAAAGAUUCUAUGCAUUCAUCUGCAACGGGCUUCAUAUAACAUGUUUGGGCAAUCAGUAAAACUUCUGGGUCAUGUCUCUUUUCCUCUGAUGUUGGAUUUAUCUUCAUUCAUGAACACUGGAGUGGGAUUAAAAAGUAUGGAGGCAAAUUCACAAUCAGGGCUGUUGAGUCACAGUAGUAGGGAAUUGAGGUCCUUCACUUAUUCCAAGUAUCAAAGCCAGCAGAGUUGAAAGCAUUUCCUCAGCAUCAGAGAUAGUAGAGAAACAAGAAAGAAGUGCCACCUUAGUCGGGAAUGGUCCUUGUCUGACAGCUUCUGAGUCGGGACCUAGCUGGCUUGAUUCUACAAGAUGUGCUGAUAAACAUGCCAACUUCCCUUCCCCACCACAACGAUGUCAGACAUACCGUCUCUUUUCCGUUGUGGAGCACUUUGGAAGCAGCGGGGGCGGGCACUACACUGUUUACAGAAAAGUGACAGCCAGGUUAGGCGACGAAGAUCCCGUUGCUCUAUUAGAAUCCACGAUCGAGCAAUGGUUUUGUAUUUCGGAUUCUGAAGUGCAUAGCGUCUCAGAGAAAGAUGUUCUGGAUGCAAAUGCCAGUAUGCUGUUCUAUGAGAAAAUUGACUAGUCCCGAGACUUUCAAGCAGGGAUAAAUGUUUCCGCUUCAACUCCCUGAAUAUUUCUUACCAAGUACAGAAUAAUGCAGCAAAGCAUAUGGUGCAUGAUGAGUAUGUCCAUGGCAUUUAUCUACUGGGAAAAAAAAAUACUAUACUUGCUUUAUAGGAAAUUAUAGAUGAAGGUUAUUCUUUCCAUUUUUACUUGCAUUUUCAUGUAGCAGACAAAUGAAGAUUUUUUCUGCCAGAUGGUGUACAUUUCUACCUGUCAAGACGGUAAAGUUGCUUAA